GAGCCGCGUCAGCUUCCUAGUCACAGAGGAUCCCACGCGGGAAUAGAGCCAUAGGUUUGCGUCGCGGGACGUUGUUCGCCCCCAAAUACCUCACAUUCAGCCUACCUUAGAGCCAGUCAUUUCCUAUUGUGUGCUGGGGGAGGAGGGAGUGCCCUGGUGUACAGAUUUGGAAUUGGAAAAUUGAGCUCCUUCCCAAGCUCUGCCACUGAUUGUUUAGUAAUCUUGGCCAGUUUACAACUUUGAUUUCCUCAGCUGCAAACAGCUCAGAAUGCCUCUCUGGGCUAACUCAGAGGGUAAUUUCAAAGAUUAUAAGAUAAUGUAAGUGAAAGAAAUUGCCAGUUUAUAAAGGUGUUUGGGGAAAAAAAAAGACGAAAAUGAUAGGUACCUUGAUAGAAAAGCCUGAAAAGUCUCAACAUAUUUCCUUAUUCCAGUGCGAGGCACAUUCCUGUAUCUAAAAGCUUAAUGAAUGGCUGUAUGGUUAUUAAAACAUUAUUAGGAGAUUUGACAACUUAGGUAAUGUGAUUUUGUGGAAUAUCUGAUAGGAUAGUUUCAGCUACAAGUAACAGAAAACCCACCGAAAGGAUGUUCAAAGAGCAGUUACAGGUUGGUUAAUUCGGUGGCCCAGUGACAACAUCAAGGUCCCAGUGCUUCUCUGCCACCCUUAGCAUGUUGGUAAAGUUGACAGUAGAAUCCAGCAUGCAGAAAGGCUGUACCUGGAGGAAGGAAGUGCGGAGCCAGCCUGAGUUGGGAGAAGAGCUCCAGAGAGUGUGAAUGACAGAGGUGGUGCCAUCCAGCGCGCUCAGCGAGGUCAGCCUGCGCCUCCUCUGCCACGAUGACAUAGACACUGUGAAGCACCUGUGUGGCGACUGGUUCCCCAUCGAGUACCCAGACUCAUGGUAUCGUGAUAUCACAUCCAACAAGAAGUUCUUUUCCCUUGCUGCAACCUACAGAGGUGCCAUUGUGGGGAUGAUAGUAGCUGAAAUUAAGAACAGGACCAAAAUACAUAAAGAGGAUGGAGAUAUUCUAGCGUCCAACUUCUCUGUUGACACACAAGUUGCGUACAUCCUGAGUCUGGGCGUCGUGAAAGAGUUCAGGAAGCAUGGCAUAGGUUCCCUCUUACUUGAAAGUUUAAAGGAUCACAUAUCAACCACCGCCCAGGACCACUGCAAAGCCAUUUACCUGCAUGUCCUCACCACCAACAACACAGCAAUAAACUUCUACGAAAACAGAGACUUCAAGCAGCACCACUAUCUCCCCUAUUACUACUCCAUCCGAGGGGUCCUCAAAGAUGGCUUCACCUAUGUCCUCUACAUCAACGGCGGCCACCCUCCCUGGACGAUUUUGGACUACAUCCAGCACCUGGGCUCUGCACUAGCCAGCCUGAGCCCCUGCUCCAUUCCGCACAGAGUCUACCGCCAGGCCCACAGCCUGCUCUGCAGCUUCCUGCCAUGGUCGGGCAUCUCUUCCAAGAGUGGCAUCGAGUACAGCCGGACCAUGUGAUGUCGGCUGGGCAGCCGCCACCAGGCCCCACCCUUCGGCCCCCCACAGAGCCCGCCUUCCUGUCCAUCUGACCCCUGCUAUCUUCUGCAAGGAGCUGCCAGCCAUCUACCGGGCUCGUCGGCCUGCCCCAGCUGCAGGCCCGGUGCUACACGGGCUCGGGAACAGAACAUCGUGGGCACGCGCAGAGCAUGCCCAUCCGUGGCAGGUACGCCACAGCAGACAGGAGGGUAUGGGAGCUUGGUGCCUCCAGCCACAAAAGCUGAAGGCCCUGGAUGGGCACAGAGAACGGCAGAGCUGGAAGGGGCCAUGGGGACGGCAGAGUCCACCACCUUGUGCACCAGCACAGUCCAGAGGUUUGGUGACUUGUGCCAAGCUCACACAGCAGGCUCCACGGCCACUGGGCUGUGCACCCGACUUUGGAUCCAUCAGUGCCUUUAUUUGUGUGGGGACCGAGAGGCGUCUAGUGGCUGCAGGCAGACACCAUGGCCUGGAGAAGGGCUCAUGGUCCUGGAGCACCCAAGCCCAGCUGUGUGGCCCAUAGGCGGGGUGUGGGGUGGGCAGAGCGUCUCCGCCAGGCCUUUACCCUGCCCUGCUCUUCUCUUUCCCACAGGCUCUUCAGCUCCCCUUCCUGCUUCUGGAAACCUCUGCCUCUGCCCGCUGCCCUGGCCCUGCCUCCCUGUGCAUGCACCGUCCCCAGGGCUGACCCAGUGUGGCUGCAUUCACUGGGAAGGGGCUGCCCUCACUGGGCCUCUCCCACUCCGCUGCCUGUUCUUGCAGCUCCUUCCUGGAAAGCUGGAGGGGACUUUCUCCUGCAAGGGAGGAACGCAAGUAUUAUGGACACACUUGACCGUAAAGGCACAGGAGCCUCGGAACAAGGGGGCGCAAUAAAGGGAAUGGCCCGUCCCCCUCCAGAACCAGCCCAAAGAAGCCUGGAGGGGGGUGAGGAGUGGCCCCCACUCCUCCGUGAGGGCCUGAUGAGGAGUGGGCAGCCUGGGGGAGGCUUUCCUCGCAAGCACAGAGCUCUGAGGUUCAGCCCCCCGGCACAGGCGGUCACACAUUGGGACGGUUCCUACCCUUCAGUACCUUCCAUGCAGUUACCAGUGCCCUGGGAGGUCACACUGCCCAUCAGACCAUGGCAUGCUCCAUUCAGCUGACCUGCUGAGGACAGGCAUCGCCGAGACUCUUUGGGUCCUCCCCACCCUCCCUCAUGCUGCCACAAGCCGCUGCUCCGAGGCCUGGCCACAUGCAGACAGGAGGAAGCUGAGCUCGACAUUAGGCCUCAAGGCUGCCAUGUGUUUCGUAGGGCCUGUCCUUGUGGGCAGGGGGCAGUCGUGUGCCUUGUGGGCCCUCAGCCUCUGAGGGCAGAGAGGCUGUCAGUGCCGCAGGUGCAUCACACACUUCUAGCAUCCUCUCCACCCUGCAUUCCAAAUGCUGCUUGCUGCCUGCCCUGCCCUCCGAUGCAGGGGUGGGGUGGGGGGCGGAGUCCCGCCCAGCAUAGCUGCAGUAUCACAAAGCCAUGGCAGAGGGUCCUAGCGGCGCCACCCUGCCCCAGCCUGAGGAGGAGGGAGAGGGAGGAACAACCCUGGGCAGACGGGGCCUCAGGGACCUGUGUCCUUCCUCCUCCAGAGCUACCCAGCCGUGGGCUCUCAGGGUGCUGGGGCAGCCCCAGGUCCCCUCUUGACCUCAGCUGGGGCCAGGGGCCCUCAGAAUGAAGGCAGGCCCCAGGCAGGAACAGCAUCCCCCUCCUUGACGGUGCUGGCGGGAGGGCCGCGCCAUGCUGACUGCCUGAACCUCUGCUGACCUGACGGUGCUGGCGGGAGGGCCGCGCCAUGCUGACUGCCUGAACCUCUGCUGACCUGACGGUGCUGGCGGGAGGGCCGUGCCAUGCUGACUGCCUGAAUCUCUGCUGAGGCUGCCUGCCUGCCGGGCCCAGCUCAGCGCCCUCUCCACUGCGAAUCAGCGGCGAUCAUGUGAUUUCUAUUUCUGCCCCACAGGGUAAGGGAUGAGUCUUCUGGAAGGCUCUGCCAUGGACAUUUGUCCUCAGGCUCAGAGGCCCCACCCUGCCCCGCGCCUCCCCCUAAUCACUGCAGUGUCCAGCCCAGUGAUGAACAGAUUGUAGCAUUCUGUCUCAUUACGAGCAAAUAAAUAGACUUUCAUUGGA